GGGAGAAUGCGCAAACCCCACGCAGUCACCCCGAGGGUGGAAUCAAACCCGGGUCCCUGGCGCCGUGUCUCUUUUUUUGUUUUGUAAUUGUCUCGGGCUCAGCGACGAUCAAUACAAGACCCCACUUUGUCCACCACCAUCGAUAUAACGAAAAACGUGUUGCAUCAUCACCCACCACCACCUGUGUCCCCACCACCCCCCCCCCCCCAAACCUCGCUCCCAAUAUUAAUGCUUUUGCGUCCUUUUCCGCAGAUAUUGACCCUUGCGUCACCCAUGACACUGCUGGGAGCUCCACAUGCCUUUUCAGGUUCAUGCGGAGCGAGAAGCACCAUUUCACGGACGACCGCGAGCGCUCCCUCAUCCUCUCGGAGAAUCUCCAACUCCUGGCCGUCUCCCUGCAGAGACCAGCCGACGCAGUUCAGUUGGAUGUGAGAUACUAUAAGUCAACAGGGACCAAUCCGGAACUGUUGCCCGUUGUGCUGGGGCUUAACAGCCAGAAUCUCUUCAUCACGUGCACAGGGCCACAAGAAAGACCCACGUUGAAGAUCGAGAAGUGGGACGAGAAUCUCCGUAACAUCAGCAGCACCACCGACCUGCUCCGUUUCGUGUUCUUUCAGCGAGCCGGGAGCGCCGGUCUCUACUUUGAGCUGGAGUCAGCCAUGUACCGCGGUUGGUACAUCAGCACGUCACAGAGAAAUGGCCAACCCAUUGAAAUGGAUGUCAAGGGGAGCAGCAAAAGGGUCACCAUCUUCACAGCUGAUUAAGAUCUUUGCAACCCUGCGCCACGCUGCAACCCCCCAACCAAAAACGCGUGUUUUAGACCCCAAAAUCAGAAAAGAUUUGAUUUAGAGAGUCUGUGUAUGUACUGAGUACAGAAUAUUCAAUCCAUUGUGAACAAAUGGGUUACAGUCUUUAGCUGAUCAAAUUGUCACUUUGACAUGAAAUUGUAAAAGCCAAGUGAAAUGCUAGUGGCAAUAUUUGCUCUGCUUUCACAUUAUGUUGCGUCCGGAAAUUUGCAUGGGUUUAAUAUUUAAUUAUUUAUUGUAAUUUAACAGUCUUUGUUAAUUUAUUGCUGGAGGGGGCGCAGCCUCUUCCUUCAUUAAAGUUGAUCUUUUCGAGAACA